AUGUUGAGGUUCGUGACCUUGCUUCUCGCUGCAAGCACAUUUGGCAAUGGGGCGACCGUGAAUGACUUCAACGACCAUGUUGACAAGACCGUUGGCAGGCAUCAACCGUCUGACACUAGGAACAAACGUUCGCUUCAUCUGGAGGCGCACAUUCCCUUCCACAGCUUCACGGUUGAAAGCAACGGAUUAUUCAACGACGACCUAGAGGUGAAGCUAACGGAUGGAGCAGUCAGAGGACUGGACGAUGUGACUCGCCGUCUCAGAAGAUGCUUCAGAACUACCUGCCUUGUUGAUCUGAGAGGAAUCGUGGUUUCAUACAUCGCACAGACUCAAGGGGACGACAUGGCUGGAACGGUCAAGCACAUCUGGGUAAAAGUAAAGGUCACGAGCGCAGAAGCUUUGUUCAACAUGAACGAUAUCAGAGCCAGGGAGGCUAGCCUAAACUCCUUGGUCAUCGGCCCCAUCUCGGUUAGCACCACUUACGAUGCCUACCUCGAUCUCAACUCUGGACGGCGCAACGAGUUUGCGGAUGAGGUGGCAAGUUACACCGGCUGGGAGCUUCUCAAGAUCCUUCGUGGGAGCUACUUGGCGGCUCUUCAGGAGACCUUCGCUGACCAGUGA